AUGCGACAGUUUUCAAUAUUUAAUUCAAUAAUUUUUUUAUUUUUCUUUUUUGGGGAAAAAAUUCGGGUUUUUUCGAAUCCGAUUGAUAAUGGAUUGGUGGAUUCUGAACUUAUACACGGUGAGUUUUUUUUUUUCGGUGGGGAAAAUUGACUGAAAAUAUAAUGAUCUCUGGAAAUUUUGGAAAUCGGGAAAUCAUUUUUCAACUCUGAUUUUCCUGUUCUGUUCCAAAAUCUGAGCUUUCCCUGAGGUGCACAAAUUUUAAAAUUAUGAAAAGCCUCCCCCGUCUCUCUCUCUCUCCUGAACUUCUAAUUUUUUGCAGAAUGCAUAACUCACAAAGCAGUUGAAGUAAUGCUAUUACUUGAUGCAAGCGGUUCAAUCGGCGACGAAACCUUCAAAAAUCAACUAAACUUUGCAAUGCAUCUCGCAUCUCGUCUAAAUAUUUCAGAAGAUGGUUCACAUAUGGGUCUAAUUCAAUAUGCCGAAACACCAAAACUCGAAUUCUCAUUGGGACAAUUUAAUCAUCCAACACAAUUAGAAUGGGCAAUUCAAAGAAUCGAAUAUCAAAGUGGAGCAACAAAUACAGGACAAGCAUUGAGAUUAACAUUGGAAAAAGGAUUACAGGGUGCGAGAGCAGGAAUUCCGAAAGUUGCGAUUGUUAUAACUGAUGGACAAAGUCAGGAUGAUGUUUCGGAACCAUCACAAUUAUUGAGAGAUGCUGAUGUUAUGGUUUAUGCUAUUGGUGUUACUAAUUUAGUUAAUGUUCAUCAAUUACAUCAGGUAUGAGAAACUGGGGGAUACUGUAGAUCAGGGGAUUAAAGGAACAAUCGAAAUAUGAUAUUUUCAGAUGACUGGAAAUCCAGUUCGUGUUUUCACUGUUGAAACAUUUGAGCAAUUGGAUAAAGCAUUGGCCGAUUCAUUGACUUGGAGCAUGUGCAAAACGGAAUUCAGUAGGUUUCUUUUUUUUUUAGAAAAUCAAUGGAUUACUGUCAAAUGAAUUGAAUGUUUCGCCAUUUUCUCAUAUUUUUUAAUUUUCUGAAACGUAUUUUUUCGUCGAUUUCAGUUUCUAGCAAAAAGAGCCUUUUCAAAAAUUCUUAAAACCGCACAUUUUUGCAGGACCAGGCACUCCAGAAAUCAUCUGUGGACCUGAUCGAAUUGGUGUCAAAGCCUCAACCAAACAACCUUUCGAAGGAAAUGUUUUUGUUCAGGACCAUUUUCAUGAUGAAGAAUGUCGAGCGGGUCCCGAAAAAUUUCCGGAUUCUAAAAGUAUUGGAUUGACUGUUCCUUUUUCAGCGUGUAAUGUUCAUCGAUAUCGAUCGGUAGGGUUUUUGGCUGAAAGAGUUCUGAAAAUUUUACAUUUCGAUUUUCAGCUGAAUCCGAAGGGAAUUUUCGUCGAGGUUACGAUUGUUUUCAUGUUUCAUUCAUUGUGAGUUGAUUUUUCUCUAUGUGAAAAAUUUCUCUGCCACGUGGCAUUUUUAAUUUUGAAAUCUUUUUCCAAAUUCUAAAUAUUUCACUGUUUCAAUAGUUUUUUUUUUUCAAAUUUCCUAGAAAAAUAAUCGAGCAAUUAUUGUAAUAUCAACAUUUUACAGCUUUGAAAAAAAAAUCAUGAAAAAAGUGAAAAAUGUUUCACUGUUUCAAAAAAAUCAAAAUGUUUCGCAGAUUUAUGACAAAAACCGAUCAAACCGUAAAAGUGCAAUGUUUUUAUAUGGAAGCCGACAAACAUGUAACAGUUCCAUUAUCAGUUUCAAUGAUAACUACAGUAUUCCGUGAACAAAUUUAUCAAAUGCCUCAAUGUGCAUACACUUUACGACAAAAUGCACCAGAUGGUCCAAUUGUUAAAUAUGCGACUUUGGGACAAAGUGUUUAUCAUAGAUGGGAAUGUAUUGAAGUUGAAGGAAUUGAUAAAGAUACUUUUGGAAUGUUGGUACAUUCUUGUUAUGUUGAUAAUGGAUAUGGGGAUCGAGUUGAUAUUUUGGAUCAAAAUGGGUAGGAGAUUUUCUGGAUUUGGUGUGGCAAGGGUCAGGGAAUUUAGAGAUCAAGAAAUUUCGCGUUUAAAAUGAAGAUUUUUACACCAAGUUUUCUAUAAUUUUUUGUUCUGGAGUUAUUAGCUCUGAAAAAUGAUAUAAAUCUUGAAAAAUGUCUUUAAUUCCCAUUUUUUCAGUUGUGGUUUGGAUGCAGUUCUCCUCUCGACUCCUGAUUAUAAUCCAUCUCUCCGUCUCGCCACAAAACCCUAUCAUGUUUUCAAAUAUGCCGAUCGUCCAGUUCUUCAAUUUCAAUGUCAAAUCACUUUGUGUUUGAAAUAUGAUGGUGGAUGUGAGGGAAUUACGCCACCGAAAAAUUGCAAAAAAUUAGCGGGAGAAGAUGGAAAUCAUCAUCAUCAUCAUCAUCAUGAACAUUCGAAUUCGACAAAACGACGAAAAAUGGUGAGACUUUCUCAUGGGAUUUUCUACGAAAUUGAAAUUUAAUUCUCAAAAAUCCACUGUUUCAAUGAAAUGUUAAAGAUUUUGCUGAAUUUUUAUUAUUUGGUGUUUCAAAGGUGUACACUUUUUAUAAGUAUAGAAACUACAGUACAGAACCCUUUUUUCACGCCAAAUCUAAAAAUUCAAAAAUUUUGCAGGUUCGCCGUUUGGCAGAUGGUGUUGGAACAAUUGAUGUUUUCACUGAUUCGGUCACAGUUUUGGAUCAAGAACCGAUUUGUAAAAUUGUGAGUUUUUGCGGUCCUAAUUUCUCUCAUCUUCUUUUUUUCAGGAUCCCUCAUCUUCAUCUUCACAAAAUCCAUUGGGAGAAAUGAGUUCAACAACAAUUCUAAUAAUAACCUUGGCAAAUAUUCUAAUAUCUUUGAUAACAAUUAUAAUAGCAAUGUGUCGAAGGCGGAAAUUUGUCUGA